UUUGGCUGCAUGCCAGGGUCUCAGAGCCCCCUGCCAGCGGCUCUGGCCAUCCAGGGCACCCAGAGGGAUGUCCUGGGUUCCCACAUUAUGUCUGUAAAGUAGCUGUCAAAAGUUACAAGUGAUCUCUGGAGCAUCUGCCCCGCAAUUCCUGUGGUGAACUUCACUGCUGCAUCUCUACCCAUGGUACCUGUGACGCAGCAGCAUUGGUGUGCUAUCCAAAAAAUGGUAUUUGCUGUUGGUACAGCUGCACUUGUCUGGGUGUCACCGAACCCGUGGCUGUGAACUGUGGCUUUCCAGUUGAUCUCGCAGCUGUUUUUACCACGUGAACAAUGAACAGAAGGUAUUUGAUGAAUUCAUGGCAACUGCCCCGGGAAACUCAGAUGAAAAACUACCAGCUGAAAAUAUUAUUGUAACACUGAUAAUGCAUAUUGUGUCCUCAGUGAAAUCAUCUGCCUCCUGUUUGGAACUCUUCAGAACUAAUCUCACCAGCGUGAGCAGACUUCAGUUCUGGGUGACAGCUCUGGCAGGACGAGGCUUCAGAAUGAGGGAAAGGUAUUUACUAUGAAAACAUCAGUGUGUCAUUCGGGUCUUUGUGCUUUGAUGUACCUAGAUAUUUUUCUAUGUUCACUGCACUGUAAAAAUGUCAAGCAAAUAACUGUUAAGGAGCAAAAAUAAACAAAAAAGGGGCACUUUUUCAUGGCAGUUCAGUGAGCUGAGCGUCUGUGACUCCUCAGGAAUGCAAGUACCCGGUUCUAAUAAACUACUCAAAAUAUUGCAGAGUUAUCAACAGAAAAGGGUAAAAUCUCUGCUCACAGACGGAUAAUUGCACUGGUAGAAAAUGAAUACAUGCAUUAUUUAGGUACCUACAUAAGCUGAAACAGUAAAAAUAACAGUUGUACUGGAGCAUGUAGAAUUAAAAUGUUGCACGUGGCUAGUGACAGACAAAUGAAAUUGUCUUUUGAUUGACUUUCUGCUUUAAGGUGGCAUUAGAAUGAACUACAAGGUGUGUUUUUUAUACUGCUCUAUGGUCAUUGUCCACGUAACUUGACCAUGUCAUUUGGUUUAGCUAAAGCCCUUUUUAUCUUGCUAGAACAAUACAUAGCUCAAAUUCUCAGAUUUCCAUUUUUAAAAAAGGAAGUGGCAAACUAAGCUAAUGAAAAUAUUUCUGUGUUUAAAAAAAGUCUUGAAAUAAUUUAUUUGUCCAUGAUAUUGGUAAUAUGACUCACAUAAUUUACCAGAAAAGACCACAUAUGUGAUUUUAACUGCUAUGAAAAUAAAGGUACAAAUUAUUUUCCUCACUGAAUAGCAUCCAUCCAAGGUUGUAGAUUAAUGCCACUCAUCAGUGCUGAGUAGUAAAUUCAGAGUAGAACAAGGAAUUUUAAAUUAAAAACUUGGGACAAUAUUAAGCAAAACAUUAAAAGAAGCAAAUGUUAGUUAUGCCAUGUUCCUUUUCAUACCCUUGAUGUGUUAGCCCAGUAACUGGUAAAUAAAAAAAGAAGAAAAAUACUCUUUGGAAGUUUAACUGGAAAAAAAUAAAAAGGAUCUGGGAAAAUCUAAUGGACCUUCUUGUCCUUUUUCGUGUUCGGUCCCUCCUAGGAAGCAAUCCUGCUCUCGGUGUGUGCCCCGCAGCCGUUCCCGGUUCCCGGGCCCGUUCCCUGCCGGGCCGCUCCAACCCCGCCACGGCCCAGCGCAGCCGCGCCCGCCGCCCGGGGCGGGGCUUCCCUGCGCCAGCCAAUCAGACCGCGCCGAUUGCCGUCAGGCCCCGCCCCCUGCCUUUGCACCAAUCCCCUUCCCGUGCGUCGUUUCCUUCCCCGCCUCCAUGGACGGAAGAUGGCGGCCGCUGCAGCCAAUGGGGCGGCGGGGGCGGGGCUGGCGGCGGCCGCGCGGCGCGCACGCGGCAGGGGCGGCUCUGAGGGACCGGGACCGGGACCGGGACAAGGAACAGCGGCAGGGAGCGGAUCCCAUGGAGCGGCCCGGAUAGCGACCCGUGGGUUUCCUGUUUCAGAGAAUAAUCAGAUUCAGUGAAGUGUCUGUGCAGAGCAGCUCCUGAAGAGAAUUGUCCCUGUCAGCAGAGAGAUUGACCAGGCUUUUGGUGAGGUUGCCGUUGAGAUGACGGCCGUGGAGAAGGUGGAGGAGCAGCUGGCAGGGCUGCGCAUAGCCAGGCGCUGCGUGCCCAGCGAGGAGCCCACCUACCUGCUGGACAUCCACACCUCCAGAGCUGCCCAGCCCGGGAGCAGCCGCUUGGUGGCCGUUUCCUGCUCCAAUGGGUCCAUCGGGGUGUACGACAGGGAGACGCUGCGCUUGCUGCGGGAGUACCGCGGCCAGGGCGGGAUCCUCGCCGGGGUCAGGUUUGCUCACACGAGCGACAGCGUGCUGUUCUCAGCCUGCAGCCAGGGCACGGUGAGGUGCUGGGACGUUCGCUCGGCCACGCAGGAGCCCGUGCAGGUGUUCAGUGGUUAUCCUUCCAACGUCUUCAUCAGCUUCGACGUCAGCUGCAGCGACCUCAUCGUUUGUGCCGGGACGGAGAAAGUUGAAAAGGACACGUUUCUGGUGUUUUGGGAUGCAAGAGGCAUUACAGACUGCGCCAGCGCCACUAAAGAGCCCUUGGGAGUCUAUUCUGAAAGUCACAAUGAUGACAUCACCAAAAUCUGUUUUCAUCCUACUGAACCCAAUUUGGUAGUGUCCGGGUCGACCGAUGGCUUGGUGAAUGUGUUUGACAUCAACAAGGAUAAUGAAGAUGAUGCUUUGAUAUCGACUUGCAAUUCAGAUUCAUCGGUGAGUUCUCUUGGCUGGUCUGGGGAAGACUACAAACAGGUCUAUUGCAUGACACACGAUGAGGGGUUCUGCUGGUGGGACAUGGCUCAGCUGGACACCGAGGAGCCAAUAACCCUGCUGCACGUUCUGGAUGUCAGAGAGUCGGUGUGCGCUGAAAACCACAGCCUGCAUUACCUGGUGGGUGGCUUGUACCACGAGAAGGCAGGGAGACUCUUCCUGAUUGGGGGAACCUCCACAGGAGACAUCCACCUGAUCAGCUGCAGCACUGAUGGCCUGAGCCUGGUGGGGACCCUGUGUGGGGGACACUCGGCCACCGUCCGCUCCUUCUGCUGGAGCCCCACGGAUGAGUCUCUGCUGACGGGUGGAGAGGAUGCUCAGCUGUUGCUAUGGAAACCCGGGGCUGUGGAAAGGUCCCUCACAAAGAAAGCAUCUCUGAAGAUCUCUUCUUCCGUGCAGAAGAGAGUGAGAGUCCACAACACCUCCCUCAAAAGCAGGAAAAAGUGAAUUGCCUGAAGUGAGAAUCUCUGCUGUGUAGAGCUUUCCUGGUGUUUAAUCUCUCUAGGCAAUGCUUGGCCGUGUUUUAUUUGGAGGUUUUCUGUGGAAGGAACUGUGGUGCUUGAAUUCCCCCUGGGAAUGUAUUUCAGUCAUCAGAAGAAUGCCUUUUAUUUUUUUUUAAGUUGCUAAUAUUAAUCAGACAAGAGUAAAUGUUUGCUCCAGAGUUCUUGAGCAACAGAUGCUAAAUCAUAUUAUAUAAAACUGUUUCUGUGGUUAUUUAAUGUCUCAGACAAUGUUUUAAAUGUGUAAUACAGGCCUAUGGCUUGCAAAGUUUGUCAACUUCCCAAUGAUAUUCCCCUGGCACAUUUUAACAGGUUUUGUAUUCCAUGCUGUAUUCCGCUUUCCUCACAGAAAACUUAAUGAAACUGCUCAAUUUAGUAAAAGAUUUUAUGUCAUAUCUUAAUGCCUGAAGGAAUUACUUCUUGAUGAAACAGAAAAUAAGUAGUUUUGCACUGUCACAUCACUGGUUUAGAACAAGCUCAUAAAGAAGCAGCUGAUAGAGCCAUCUUUUUCACAGCAGAUAUGAGUGUAUUCAACCAAACAGCAGCUAAUUUGUAUGAGAACUGUUCAAAUGGCAUUAUUUCCUGCAUGAAAAUACCCAAGAAUUUUGCAAGCAGCUUCAUUCUUUCCUCCUAAGUGCAUCUGGAAGACUGGGGAGAUCUUUGGUGGGUUGGAGAAAUGGAUGGGUGUAAUUACACCAGUGGUGCUUAAAAUCCCAAACCCUGAUUUGAAAGAAACUGGUGUCACAUGCUCAGUGGGGAUGUUGAAACCCAAAAAUGAACACUGUCUUCAGAGUUAUGGAGGAGCAGACUGAUAUGAGGAGACUUUACCAAAACCUUUUAGAGGUUGGUUGGGUCCUUUAAGAAAAGUUUCUCUCUGCAGAGAGGUUUAUGCUUGGACAUCUCCCCAGGAGAGCUUUGUUUUAUUAUUCCACCAAAUACCCAGUGAGUGCAAAAGCAGCCUUGUUCUUGUAAAAUGUGUGAGACUUCAUGCUUACUCUGCUUUGCUGGCAGACUCCAGCCUGUGCUCCUGGCUCUGCACACUCGCUCACCUCCAGCCUUCCCAGGAGCACUGCAGGCACAUGGUGUUUGUAUUUAGGCUGUAGUUACACAUGUGCCCUACAACUGAAACCAGCACCAGAGUAUUUAAUGAUUGCUCUCUUACAGAUAGCUGGCAAAGGAUUUAAGAGGGGUUGGGUUUAUUUUUUUUUCCCUUGAGGGUGGAUGGGCAAUUCUUUCAAAACAACUCCUGAACAUCAGACUUAGAAGGUUAUCCUGGGGUUUAGAAACAGUUUCUGAGGUACAGAACAUACUCUAGUGUGCGGUUACAGCUGUGCUGAAGAUGCCUGAAUCAUCUCUGGAAUUGAAUCCUUUUCAACCACGGGUAUUGAGUUUCCACAUGAUUUUUCACAAACUAUUAAUACCCUUUAGCCACAACUGUGAAUCCGUUGUUGGUUUGGGUUUGCCUGUUGGUGAUAAGUAAGAUGAUUCACUUGGUUUUGUUACUGCUGGUUAUUUAAAAGUGCAGCUUCAAUUUGAAAAUCACAGCUCUCUACACCGUUUCUUUUUUGGCACUUGUGUUAAAUUCAUGUUGUCCCCAACAUCCUUAUCUGUUGCUUUCCAGAUUACAUUGUGCUAUUUUGAGAUGAGGUGGGCAGUGAGUGUCAGGGCUAUGAUGCACCUGGAUCAUGUGCCCUCUCCAGAUUUAUUAUCCCAGGUCACUGCUUUUUGCCUGUUGUGUGAGUGGACCAAGAGCUUCAGACUCUGAAUUCACUGUAAAGCCCUCAUGGGCCUGACUUGGUUCAGUGCCAAAUUGAGGGUGGGGGACUGAAGGAUGAUUCUGAGACCUAUUUCAUUGCAGAUACCCAGUGUAUAACUUGUUUUUUAGAUGUUUAUCCACUCUUUUCCUGGUAUCUUGACACAUUCAUUGGAGUAAAGUCGUUGGGUCUGUCUCAUACUUAAUUUCUUGAAGACAGGUUUGUGUGCACGUAGAGAAAUGCUCAGAGAGGAAGCUUGUGGUUGCCCCACUUGCUUUCAAGUGUCUGCUGAGUGAAAUUCCAGUGUGCUGUGCCAGCUGCCUCUGAAUUAAAGCAGCAGAGGUGGGAGUUCUGGGACUGAAGAGUUUGCAGUAUGCAACCUGUGCCUGUUGUCUUGUUCCUGGAUGAGGUGGAUAUUGAUUUGUUCUGUAUCAGUCACAGCUGAAGCCAUUAUUUUCUCUGGGAGGCUGAUUUCUCCCUUUUACGUGCAUAACAGAAAUAGCAGCAGAAGGGAAAAAAUGUGUGUCUGUGUCUUAAAAUUCUGCAAAGGCACAGCAGCUGUCACGAGGCUUGUGUUGCCUCUGAAAAUACUCAGUUUUGUUGUUCCUCUUUUUCUUUUGUGUUGACUUAAUUUCAGGUGAAUACCCACAAAAUAAACAUAGAUGGAAACCACAUGUGAACAAGUAAUUAGCACUGCUUGCUUCUGUAGGCUGCAGACACUCUUUCACAGAGCACAGAGCACAGGCAGAAUCCAUGUGUGCUCACAUAAAUAAUAGUAGACUCAAAAUCAGGUUAAUGUGUCCGACAGUAUUUAAUCUCUUAGGGAAAUUUUGACAUCUCCAAGUCGGCUUCAGCAUUGGUAAGAAACUCAGAGUCAUGGAAUCACAGAAUGGUUUGGGUUGGAAGGGACCUUUAAAGGAAAUUUAGUCCAACCCCCCCAGCAGGGAGAAGGGACAUCUUCAAUUCAGCCAGGUUCCUCACAGCCCCAUCCAACCUGACCUUGAAUGUUUCCAGGGAUGGUGCAUCCACCACCUCUCUGGGCAACCUGUGCCAGUGUUUUACCACCCUCACUGUAAAAAAAGUCUUCCUUGUGUAUAAUCUGGAUCUACCCUCUCAGUUCAAAAGCUUUACCCCUUGUCCCAUCCCAGCAGGGUCUGCUAAAACAUUUGUCCCCAUCUUUUCCAUAGGCCCCCUUCAGGUGUUGAAGGAUUGCAAUAAGGUCUGUCCAGAGCCUUCUCUUCUCAAGGCUGCCCACCCCUAGAUCUCAGCCUGUGUUCACAGCAGAGGUGCUCCUGCCCUUUGAGCAUCUCUGUGGCCUCCUUUGCACAAUCUCUCCUCUGCUGGGGGUCCCAGAGCUGAUGCAGCACUGCAGGUGGGCUCUCAGCAGAGGGGCAGAAUGCCCUCCCUGGCCCUGCU